AUAUCUUUGUAACAUAUCUUUUUGGGAGAAAACAAUAAACGUUUGUAUUUAUGAGUUAAUAUAUGUAAAGUAUUUAAAAUAGUGCUUAGCACAUGGUAAGCUCUAUACUAGUGUUUGCUGUUUGCUUUGGGAAGCUAAGGCCAUGCCCAGUGGACCUGACCUGCCCCCACAACCCACCCCCACCUACCUUCUUGUUGGGGGCCUCAUCUUCACACCCAGGCAUGUUGAGGCAUGUGUUUCUCGUGCCCACCAGAAGAGGGAGCCCUUGGGAAGCUUGUAUAAUUGGGGAGGUGGUGGAGGCAGUACGUAUUUGUUCUGCCUUGGGCUUGACUUUCCCAGGAUCUGAAGAUUUUGAACUUACGAUUGAACCCUUUCUCUAUUAACAUCUGGUCCUUGGAUACUGAGCCUUGGGCCAUCUGAGGUCGUUUAACAUUGGUCAUCUAACCAUCUGACCUGUGAGGUCAACUACCUACCUCUUCCCUCACUGUCCAAAUGACAAACCUGAGGCCCAGAGAGGAGAGAUUUGCUCAGAGAACUGCUGUGGAUCCAUGGCAUCCCCCAGCAAUCAUGUGACAUUCAGCAGAGUCUGUGGUAGAGGUGACAAAUGUGGAUGACGAGGGGGUGGAGCUGGGCUCUGGGGUGAUGGAGCUGACGCAGAGCGAGCUGGUGCUGCACCUGCAUCGGCGGGAGGCUGUCCGCUGGCCCUACCUCUGCUUGCGGCGCUAUGGCUAUGACUCCAAUCUCUUCUCCUUUGAGAGUGGCCGACGAUGUCAGACUGGCCAGGGGAUAUUUGCAUUCAAGUGCUCCCGGGCCGAGGAAAUCUUCAACCUCCUUCAGGAUCUGAUGCAGUGCAACAGCAUCAGUGUGAUGGAAGAGCCAGCCAUCAUCACCCACAACAGCCACCCCACUGAGCUUGACCUCCCUCGGGCCCCGCAGCCGCCCAACGCUCUAGGCUACACUGUCUCCAGCUUCUCCAAUGGCUUCCCUGGCUGCCCUGGAGAGGGCCUACAAUUCUCAGCUCCCCGGCGGCCCUCGACAAGCAGCCUGCGACAUUCUUCACUUGGGGAAGAGUCCACCCAUGCCCUCAUUGCCCCUGAUGAGCAGUCCCACACCUAUGUCAACACACCAGCCAGUGAGGAUGACCACCACAGGAGCCGGCACUGCCUGCAGCCCCUGCCCGAGGGUCAGGUGCCCAUACCCCAACAGGCCAGGGACCCCGACCAACGGGACCCGCAGGUGUUCUUGCAGCCAGGCCAGGUGAAGUUCGUGUUGGGCCCAACCCCCGCUCGGCGGCACAUGAUGAAGUGCCAGGGCCUCUGCCCCAGCCUGCACGACACCCCCCACCACAACAAUAACAACGAGGGCCUUUCUGAGUGUCCAGCCCAACCCAAGUGCACCUACGAGAAUGUCGGCAGGGGGCUGCGGCGAGGGGCUGGCUGGAGACUGAGCCCAGAGGAGCCGAGCUGGAAUGGCCCUGCCCACCGCCGGGCCGCUCUGCUGCAUUAUGAGAACCUGCCCCCACUUCCGCCUGUGUGGGAGAGCCAAGCCCAGCAGCUGGCGGGGGAGGUCGGGGAUGAUGGGGACUCAAAGGAUGGGCUCACACCCUCCUCCAAUGGCUUCCCCGAUGGUGAGGAGGACGAGACCCCACUGCAGAAGCCCACCAGCACCCGGGCCACUGUCCGCAACCACCCCAGCUUCCCUGUGCCACUCACCCGGCGCCGCGGCUCCCCAAGGGUCUUCAACUUUGAUUUCCGCCGGCCAGGCCCUGAGCCCCCAAGGCAGCUCAAUUACAUCCAGGUGGAGCUAAAGGGUUGGGGUGGAGACCAUGCCAAGGGGCCCCAGAACCCCUCGGUCUCCCAAGCCCCUGUGCCCACUACCCACCUUGCCCGCAGCUCAGACUCCUACGCUGUGAUUGACCUCAAAAAGACCGUGGCCAUGUCCAACCUGCAGAGGGCUCUGCCCCGAGAUGAUGGCACUGCCAGGAAAACCCGGCACAACAGCACCGACCUGCCUCUGUAGGGACAUCCUGGUCCUCCCCACCCUCUGCCCCACCACAGUCCAGCCUCUGCCUCACACUCCUGUCCUCUGAACCCACCCACCCUAUGGUUCAGGGUUGCUUUGCAGAAGGUAUUGAGGUGGGACCAGAUGCUUCCCUAUGCUGGCUGGAGUCCCCAAAGAUGUCAGCCACCGAGUUUCCUGGUCUCCAAGCUGUGGAGAAGAGAGUGACCAGGCGGGGAGGGAGCCACAACAUAAACUGUGAAGGGUUCCAGUGACUGCAUUUAGCGUCCUCCUGUUAUGUCCAUCUGUCUUGUCUGUCAGCUGUGUGUUUUGUUUUUUUUGUUGUUGUUGGAAUUUUAAAACAUUUUGUACCUGUUGA